AUGUUCAUUGGUAGUAACUCGUUCAAUUAUUCAUUUGUGAGAAGAUUUAUUCAGAAACGAUGGAUUGGAUCUAUUUCAUCAGUGUACUCAUUUGUUGUUGUUUAUGACAGGAUCAAAGAAGCCAUUGAUCAACUGUCGUCAAUUGCUUGUUUAGUAAAUAAUGUUGGUAUGGGUCAGCCUAAAUUAGACUACUACGCUACAACAGAUUAUUUAACAUUGAAUUUUAUUAAGAAUAUAAUAUUUUGUAAUACUUUACCAAUUGCUAUAAUGACACGUCUAAUAUUGCCAAAAAUGUUGAAACAACACACAUCAAAUAUGGCAAUCAUUAACAUUGGUUCACAUUCUGGUUAUCGGGCAUUCCCGUUUUUAUCAUUGUACUCUGCGACGAAGGCAUUUGUAAACCAAUUAUCUCGAUCGAUAUCUGAUGAAAACUAUGAUAAUCGUAUAAUUAUACAAACUGUUUGUCCAAUGACUGUUUCCACCGCCUCGACUGGUUAUGCAAAAGUGUCCUUAUUUGUACCUGAUGCAAAACAUUAUGCCUGCAGAGCAUAA